AUGAAAAUUUCAAUAGUAAUUCUGAUUAUUUCAGUUGUUCCUAUGGCUGUUGCAGAUGUAAACAGCUAUUAUUUCUACGCUGUUACCGAAGAUGGCGACACAGAAGUUGACAAUCUAUAUGCCCAAGCAGCACUAGAAGAUGAAGAGACUUUAUAUUUCUUCUUGGGUCCUAAGUCAGAUGCCUUACCAAUUACUUGCGAUGACAGCGCAAGUAUCUGCACUGUCACCUACAAAGAUCAAAUAUUUUAUGUAGGUACAGAUGAUGAUAAUUUUGUCAUUGCUGUUAAUGGGGGCUAUGGGGAUGACGACUAUGUUUCUAUAGAAACUAAUUCCGAUACACAGGAAAUGUAUGGAGGUGUUUAUAUUAAUGGAUGGAACUUUUAUGCAAAGGAAAAUGCUGAGGACCCGUUACUGUUUUCAGAAGACAAGUUCAGCAUUCUCGCAGAACCUUUUGUAGCCGAUUCAUCCACCUAUGGUUUCAGGCUACAGCUUGAAAUCGCACCAAGGAAUAUUACGACAGAUGGUGGUAUAUUUAAUCCAAGUAAUAUUGAGGUGGAUGUUCUCACUACUGAGUCAGAAAGUGGCAUACAUUCAGAAACUGAAACGGAUUUUUCUACAGCUAGUUCUGGAACAUUUUCUAGUAUUAUUUCAGUGAAUGCUACUUUAACCACUUCAGAAAGCAGAAACUCCAGUGCUACCGCAGGAUCUGAUUCCCCAAGUAUCUCAUCAGCCGAAGAAGAGAAUGCAAGCUCAUCAACUGAAGCAGUUUCUAGCACAGAUUCUUCCUCAAUAACUUUUGACCAAGCAACCUCGGGGGAAGAAAGUUCUACAGGAAGCCCAUCUUCAAGAUCCCAAACUUCAUCAGGGGAUGCACAAAGUAAAUAUUUCAGUAGCUGUAUUGGACUAAUUGCAGUGCUCUUUGCUCUCUUCUAA